AUGACGCAUAUAGAAGAAGUCAACCAUACUGGACCGAUUUGUGCCCUAACGGCCCUCAGGACAAGCGACAAUAUCAUUUUUGCUGGGGAAGGACCAAAUCUAAAAGCUUACAAUUUUGAACAUGGAAAGAAAGUCUUUCAGAAACAGAUAUUUGCGAGAAAUAAGAUACAUGGUAUAAAGAUCUAUGAAAGUACGGCACCCGUCAACAUUGCUAUCUUUGGCGGAAAAUCGCUUACCGUGUUUCCCUAUGAGAAAUUGAAUGAUACUGAUUACCAGCCAAAGGAAUACAGUGUUGGUGAUUGGAUCUUGGCCGUUGAGUUUUCGAUUGAUGGUACGAAGUUAUAUUGUCUAACGACACAUAAUGUUGUUUGUACGAUUGAUGUUGAGGGUAUGAGACUAGUUGCCACAGAUAAUUGCGGUUGGAAGUCUAUCCUUUAUUCGGGCUGCAUUCGUUCGCUAGAUGAUGGUCGAGUGAUUGUUUGCUCUGGUACCGUUAUGAAUGGAAUAUUGGUUUGGCGUGUUGGAGAGCCAAACAUCAAGUAUAAUUUGAAGGGACAUGAAGGCUCGAUUUUUGACGUUGAAAUAUCAUCAUCCGGCAAAUAUUUAAUUAGUUGUUCAGAUGACAGAAGUAUCAAGGCCUGGAAUUUGGCAAACGGUCAGUUAAUGGCCACUGGUUGGGGUCAUGGUGCUAGAAUAUGGGGAUUAAGUUUCUUCGAUAUGACCUCUGAUGGUUUCAAGGUCUUCAGUUGCUCGGAAGAUUGUACUGCCCGUGUUUGGCGGUAUAGCAAAAACAAUGCCCAGUUGAUCCAAUUGAAAGAUUAUUUGUCACAUACUGGUCGAAAUGUCUGGAGUGAAUGUGUGAAUGAGAAGCUAAAAGUGGGUUUCACUGGAGGGGCUGAUGGAAAGUUGAAGGUCUAUGAUUUAAACGAGUCAUCCAGGUCUGGUUAUCUCAGUCACUUUUUCACUCUUUCCACAAUUGCGUUACAAUCUGGUAGUGCGAUGAAAAAAGGAGAAAUUAUCAAAUCUUACUAUGAUUUUGGCUCUGGUAUGUUGGCUGUUAGCUCUACUGGUAAAUUCUUUGUGGUUGAAUCCAACUUUAGCCAUUGGAAGUUUCUUUUCCAGAAUUUUAGCUUUGGCAACUUUGCUAUUUUGACGGGCUUUCAAAACAGCUCUGUGGUCGUUGCUGCUGAUAAGCUUGGUCAUAUCUUGGUUCUGAGAUUUGAUGAUUCAGCAGAAGUUGUUCAAAAGAAUGAAUUCCAAAUUUCUGAUUUAUCUCGUAUUGGAAAUCUGAUCAGUGUUCAAACUAAUGAUGCUAAAAUGCUCCUUUUGGUGGAUUCGCAAAAUCCCAAAGAGCCAUUUUUAUUUUUGGAAAUUGAUCCGGUAUCACUAACACUUGCAACUCAGAAAAGUCUUGUCAAACCACAAGAGAAAAUAAUUGCCAGUACGGCGAUAAUAGAUUUUAGAGACACUGGAUUUCUCGUUGUUGGUUGCAGAUAUUGCAUGAUAGCUCUUUAUGAUCUUAAGGAUAAUCUCUCUCUAUGUGCAUACUACAAAAAUAAAGUGAAAGGCGAUACGGUUUCUCAUUUUGAGUUUAGAUCGGCUAAUGCUGAAAUUAGAGAGUUGUCGAUUUAUGCUACCAUGAAAGAUGGAAGAUAUUACAUUGUUAAAACUAAUAAAGAGCAUUGCCUUGAGAUUCUGGCUGAUAAUCGGCUGCAGAAAAGAUUUGUGGAGGGGUGCUUUGUGGAUCCAAGUGAACAUUUCUUGCUUUAUGGAUUCAAGUCAACUUACUUUUUCGUUUGGGAUGAAACUCGUCAAUAUGAGGUUCUCCGUGUUGAGUGCGGUGGACCACAUAGACAGUGGUCUUUUAAACAUAGUUAUGAUACAAAUGGAAGGCUCAGAUACAGAUUUAUAUUUACUAGGGCCACAGAAAUACAACUUUUGCAAAAUGGAAAGUCUCCUUAUGUUGAAGUUUUGGAAUCGGGACUUCACGGACGUGAAGUCAGAAGCAUGGCUGUUGUUGAUGGGUGCUCCAAAAGUGAAAAGCUAUUGAUAUCUGGCGGUGAAGAUACAACUGUUAAGCUUUCUGUACUUACGGAAAAUGGCUCUAUUAAGCAAUUAUGGACCCAGAGACAGCACGGAUCUGGUCUUCAAUCAGUUCAUAAGGUCAACAAUGAUUAUGUACUCAGUUCUUCUGCCAGAGAAGAGCUUUAUCUAUGGAAAAUACACCGGGAAAAUGGACAGAAUCCUUGUAUGUCUCUUUAUCGGACGGUAAAGCCUCUGUCGACGCAUCCUGAUUUACGUGUGAUGGACUUCGAUACAAUAGAGGUCAAACAGGAUGAAAUAGAUAUUGGAUUUGUGGUAGCAGCUGUUUACUCUAACUCUCAAAUCCGUGUUUGGUAUUUUAACUAUAAGGAAAACACAUUUAAAAUUUUGGUGGAGGAUAGAUACAGAUCCUGCUGUGUUUUGGGUGUUCAUUUUGUUGUAUUUGAUGAUAAAAUGUAUGCGAUGCUUUCAUCAACUAAUGGAAACAUUACUGUUUAUGAGGUUGGAUCUGUGCUACGGAGAUAUUUCAGGAUGGUUGGAACCAAUGAUAAAUGCUAUUUGGUUCCUCGAGCUGGUUCCUCCAUGGAUGAUUUCUCAGCAUCCAAUUUGGGUGUGUUGGCUUGCGAUCAGCAUGUUCACCAGUCAUCCAUCAAAGAUUUAGAUUUCUCAUACACGUCACCGGAUGCUAUUCAGAUUGUUACCGGAGGUGAUGAUAAUGGAAUUGCACUCAGCACAUUGGUAAUAAGUCAAGGAAAACUUUCUUUCAAUACACUAUCUUUUAUUCCAGAUGCUGCUGCAUCAACUGUUACAUGUGUUUGUCUUGUUAGCAUCACGCAUGUUUUAAUAGCCUCAGUUGAUCAAAAGGUUAGACUCUGGAGUUUAGAUAAUCAUACACUCACUUUGGUUGAAGAUGGUUAUACCACCGUUGCAGAUACAGGCUGUAUUGCACUUGCUAAAUUUAUCUCUGGCCAGAAGUUGGGACUUAUAGCCGGGGCAGGAGUCUCUUCUUGGAGAGUAUAA